AUUUCGAAGUUAGCCCUUCUGGGAUGUGUAAUAGUUGCGUCACUGAAAUAUGGUUUCUUAAACUUUCUUCUGAAAAAGUAUCGUUUGAAAAUUAGAAAAUUAGAUUCUUCAGCUAUAAGUUUGAGCCACUUAAUAUCCCAGUAUGUCUAGUAAAAACUAUGUCUAAAAGUACGUCUACAAAAACGUAAGCGAGAUUUGUUGAUGAAAGUAUUAGAAGUAAAUAUUCGAGAGCGUACUUCUCUGAUAAACUGUUACGAGUUCGAUAAACGAUGAGUCAAUAUUAACUAUGUACUUACUAUUAACUACGGUUAAACGCUCCUAAGAUGAAAGUUUAUGAAAGUAUUAAUUAAGAAAGUAAUUACUUCAACGAUCUACGAUAACGAGCAAUAAGCGACAACAUAUUUCUGUCUCUGGUGACCGGAAUUUUUCAUUUUUUUCCCACCCCCGUGCGCCAGAGAGAGAAACGAUGUAAAAGGGUGAGGAAUACAAUUUCCGAAUCCCGUCCUGCAACGCGAUAGUCAAUAUAGCAUGUGAUACAUGUCGAGAUAUUAUAUAUUAUUAUAUUCUAGUCAUACACGCGUACAGAUCAUAAAUAUUCAUAUACAUAUAGAUAUAUAUAUAUUUAAUAAUUCGAAUUGAGCCAUCGAUUGUAAUAACUUAUUUAUAUACAUAGUACGUUUAUUAAGAGUUUAUUACAAUGUGCCAAGUCCAGUGCCCACGCGCGGAUAUAGUUCUCGGCACGGUAUAGCGAGGCCGUAAAUUGAACGUCCGAUUUCAUGUAUUUUGCUGUCUGGAAGAUUUUACGACCUUGCUAUAUCGAUAGAAUCUGAAUCCGCAUGCGACGUGCAUUUUUCGUGGGUACUUGAGCCGAUCCUUUUUCUGUAACGAAGGACGAGGUUUAAUAUAACGAAAACCUUGUCCUUUGAUCACGAUGGAACGUUUAAUAACGAGCAAUAACGACUAUUAUUCCUAAUGACGUCGAUCGUUAAAGAAUAAAGUGUGCAGAUGGUUUGUUGUAAAGCGUAGAUAUCACUGUUUAGUGCUCGAAUAUUCUAGAUACAGUAGCCUCUCGUUAUAUCGCCACCAAAUUUCAGAAACCGUCAAUCUUAAAAAUGGCCAUAUAGCGAGAAUCAACUGUGAUUGAACGAAAGGAUGCUCUGGAGAAAAUAUUUUAUUAUAUUCCACCUUUCAAAGCGAAAUCAACUUUCAUUUUUAACGAAAUAAACGUAGUAUUAGUGUGACCUUGAAAAGUCGAUAUCACUGAACAGUAAAAAUACUUUGAAAUUAUUUAUUAAUAUAAAGAAUUGCAAAAUACUAUUUAUUGAAACUUAUCGCGGAUAUCGUACAAGGUCAGAUGGGUUAAAGAGAAUAAAUAAUAAGAUAAUGGUAUUCUUUCAGGGCAUUUUUUCAAUUCGUUACGAGUUAAGACGCCAAGUUUUUUUUUAAUACAAUAACUCGUACUUUUACUAUCAAUAUUAUCGCGCGGAACUCGUAUAUUUUUAAGCGAGACGCAAAAGUUUAUCGAAUGUAUGGAUUUUCGAUGUAAUUUUACGCGGAACGUCAGAAACGUAUAAUUUAUUAGACACGUUGACUGCCUAACGUGUUUCGAGUUUUGUAUAAUCUGAUCAAUUAAUAAAAGAAUAGACAAACUGUGAACAGCGUUAAUAUUAACAAUAUACACUAACGAAAGCUAAAAUGUGAAAAUUAAUUAAUAUUUUGACUCGUGUCAUAACGCGCAAUAAUUUCCACUACGGCAGUCAAUGCGUUAAUGAAACGUCGUCGAUAUUUAACGUUGAAUACCUUCCACUACGCCGCCAUAGUUCAUGGAGCAAUUGAAGAAAAGGAAGAAACAGAAAAAUCAAUUGAUCGAUCGAUAGAUACCAGUAAAAUUAAGAACGCGACUGCACGGAACGAUGAAUCAUAAUUUUAAUCGCGAACCGAUGAGCUGGAUUUGUUUAUAAUCUCUGGAAGCCAAUUAUACAUUGCGAAAAAUAGAUAAUUGUUAUCUGAAUCACCCACGCAACCGACUAGUGGCGCCAUCAUGGCGGUCGCUUCACGAAAUAUCGCUGCAAUCAUAUUUCGUCAGUAUUCCAUUAUCGAGACUGAUUUUAAUCACAAACACGAACAAUAAUAAACAAAAUUGCACGGGAACUAGGACACAUUAUCGCGAACGUCGAUUCAAAUUAGAUGCGUUGAGCCGUUCAACGAAUUUUACGCGAUUUGAAUGGUCCGACUAGUGGCGCCAUCAUGGCCGCCACUCGACAAAGUAUUCACUCGAUCGUCUUCCGUCCUUCUGGGAGGACCUUACACCGUAUGUGCCUGAUUCGACGGGGUUUAUUGUGUGCGUGUCUCGUCGGUGGCUUCAAGAUGGCUUGCAGGCUGCUGCGCGCCAUGGUGUGAUCCGUUUCGUUCACGGUGCUAACAGUGUUUCCGAAAACUGUUUCGUGAAAAAGAUUCGUUCGUGCUAGGACGACGACGUGACUCGACCGGCUGAUAACUCGGGGUAACCUGGAAAUGUGACGAUCGCUACAAAACCGUGAUGCGCCAUAGUAACCUGCGCAGAGAGGAGACGAGGACGCCAGCGGAGUCUGGGCAGAAACGGAGAUGGAGCAACGGGAGAAAACGAGCGUAGGCGUCGAACGGAGACAACCGAAACUGAGCAAAGAUCGAGCGAGACGCAGAGAUACAGAAGCGGAGAAUUUGUAUCAGAUGCUUCAGAUGGAAUCAUCUUCGGCCGAGGAUCGCCUUCUCGAAGCCAAAGAAGAUUCCACGUCGGUGGAAUCAUCCAGUCCUGGACCGAGCGCACCCAUCGAGAAGUCGGUGGAACCCGAGGAUGUCGAUAUACCAGAGAAGGAGCCGAAUGCGUGUCACGGGCCCAAGGACAGCCAAGGGUUCGUGAAUAUAGAAUCGCGCGAGACUUCGAUCGAGGUCUCGAACCCUCCCGUGCCAGAGGAUCAAUCGAACAUGGGACUGAAGAUGGGAAAACAGAGCAACCAGAGUGAAGGCUCGGUUGCCGCGUCCGAGUCCGCGGAAACGUCGGUCAACCCCGACAAGCCGGACAACGGGGAAGCUUCGGAGUUCGUCACCUCGUCGCCGAUAUGCAGGAAGAGGCCAGCCAACGAUUUCCUGCCGAUCAACGCGGAGAUUAAACGAAUAGAGAUGGAGGUUCCGGAAAACGAGGCGAACCAAGUGAGGAGCGACGUGAGGAGGAUCUCGCCGGUCCUGGUGAGCCUUCGAGAGCGCACCCUGGGCGAGAUAUCCUUGUCCUCGGACUCGUGUCUGUUCGACGACGACGCGAACGGUCGCUGCGUCUCGAGGAACAGCAGCAUCCUCGAGGAUUUGUUGACCGGCGCCUAUAAACUGAACAACAGCACGAACAGCACGCUGAACAACAGCCAGAACGGUAGUCCGACUCUCGACAGCUGCGCUCAAACUGGCAGUGACAAUCCUGCGUCGACGGUGGGAGGCUGUUCGGAUUCGGAGCCCAGGAUCAACGGGGUAACGUCACAGGGUGGUGAACGCACGGAGGAUCCGUUCAUCGACGAGGACUCCUGCUAUUCGCUGCCCCGCGACAGCCCUGGCAGGGACCUGAACUCGUGUCAGCAACCGCCGUGCUCCUGCAACGACGCUUCCUCGUCCGCGCACGACGGUUGCCCUUACGUCCCGAGGUCCCCCAAGAUGCCGACGAAACUGCUAGAUUAUUCGCCGUUUCCUUAUUUAACCGUGACGAUCGAACGCCUGGACUCUCUGACGGAGAGGAAGGACAAGAAGCGGACGAUCGUGAAGAAGAAACCGAAAAGUGCAGCGUGCGACGACGGUGGCACGGAGGCGACUGACUCGAAGAGUACGUCCAAGGAGUCGAGUUUGGUACAGAGGUGUGUUCGCGAGAAGGACCAACCGCAGGAGGAGCACCAAGUAGAUUCUCCCUCGGUAGAACCGUUCUGCGAGAAACUGUGUUCGCCUAAUAUAAAUGCUAUGAAACAAUGCAGAGUGAUCGUGGAAAGAGUAAACUCGCCGAAACCGGUGAGGACCGCGGUGCAGAAGCAUUGUCCGGACAAGGGAGAGCUGAGCCCGAAAGUGGUCGUCAAGCGGUUGGCCGAGGACGAGGAGAUGGUGUUCACCUCUACCCUGUCCGACGAGAGUCUGCUGCCGGUGAACACCUCGAACUCGUCCGAGACAGCCGACUCUUCCGACCAGACUUUGGAGCCUUCCACGGACGUUCCGGAAGCCGUAGACACGGAAACCGAGACUGAGACCGGGUCCGAUAGUUCGGAGGUGACGUCCGUGAACGCACGACUUCGGGGAUGCGACGAUGACACCGUGUCCGACCAGAUAUCUUGCCCAGAAAGCGAAUCCAUGUGCUGCGUUGACAUCAACCCGGAGAUUAUAACCAGGUUGGAACCCGAGAGACCGGAAGCGUUCACGGAGGACUCCGCGGAAAGUCUAGCUCUUGCCGCUGGGGCUCGGGACGAAGUCAGGUCGGACGGUAGCGAUUCUGGCCUGGGAAGCGAGAUACCUGGUGAAUCUGGACCUGCGCCGGCUCCAGAAAGCGAUUCCGAAACUUCUUUCUUGGAUAGGAUACCCGAUGAUAUUCUUUCCGAUAAAGAAAAAGUGGUGAAUCAGUUGGAGUCGAUCGGAGUGGAUGCACCCGGUACCCCGCAGACGCCGUUGACGAACUUCCGGAGUCCGUCGAAGAGCAACUUGAAACGGAGAUUGAUCGACUGCAUGGAAGGUGCACCGAGCCCGAAGAAGAGCAAUACCGAUGAGUCCAUGAAAAAGAAGCGCAACAUUCAGUUCGAUGCUGUAACCGUGUAUUACUUUCCCAGGGCACAGGGUUUUACUUGCGUGCCUUCUCAGGGUGGCAGCACUCUUGGUAUGAGCGCGACGCACACUCACGCCGAACGGUUCUCGUUAUCGGAACACGCUGCCGAACAGAGGCGGAUUCAUCGUGCUAGGCUUGCACAAUUGCGCUCCGAGCGCGCUGCAAAUUGCGUGUCCGAGGCGGCGUCCAGUUCCGAGGAUCCUAGCGACGACACGGACGAAGAACAAAGCGAUAACGAGGAGUUGGAUAUCGAUAGUUAUUAUUUCCUGCAGCCGGUGCCAACGUGGCAAAGACGAGCGUUGCUUCGUGCCGCAGGAGUUCGUCGAAUAGACGCCAUCGAAAAAGACGAGUGUCGCGAUAUUAGAGCUAGCAGAGAACACUGUGGUUGUGGAUGCAAAGGGUAUUGCGAUCCAGAGAGUUGUCCUUGUAGCCGAGCUAAUGUCAAGUGCCAGGUUGAUCGAGCAGGUUUCCCCUGUGGAUGUACUCGAGACGGCUGCGCGAAUAGUACAGGCAGAAUCGAGUUCAAUCCCGUCAGAGUACGAACGCAUUUCAUCCACACGUUAAUGCGGUUAGAGUUGGAGAAAAAGCAUCGGGAAGAAGAGGAGGGUACGGAUCACGAUGCUUCUGACAAUCAGAACGGUAGAAGUCCGUUGAGAGAGAUUAACUUGGGAUCUGUGAUGGAGAAUAGGAACGCGGAAUCGUGUUUGAACGGCGGUGGAUUCACGACGUUACACUAUGAGAGCCACGACGCGAGGGAUGCCGGAACAAAUUGUCAACCAGAGAUAACCGGCACCAGAGAGGAUAGUCUGGAUCUGUACGCUAUCAGAGACGAUUGUUAUCCGAGCGAAGACACUGUCGAUGGUACGCAGGGACCUCAAAGGAAACUUCAUCCUGAAUUUAGUCAAGCUUUUCAAACGUUCACGGGUCAAACCGGUCCCGGUGUUAAUUUUCAACAGCCUACUUAUCAGGAUUACCAGCCUUACGCUAACCUUCCUUCCACGUCUAGGGUGCAAUUUCAGCCACAAUUCCAAACGGUGCCAGGAAAUCCAGGGUUCUCGCAUUACUCGCCUUACGGGCAAGACGCUGGAUCGAUUCAGGGGAACUGCCAAGUCCACUCGGGACAACAUUCUUCCGCCUAUGAGACCAGCUUCGCCCAAGACGAGACAACAGGAUCGCAGUACACGAAUCUGAACUCGGUGCAGCCGAUGAACACUGUGGUUCAACAAAUGGGUAAACUAGAACCGUUCUCGGAACUCUUGUCUGCCAGAUAUUCGUACUACGGUGAAAUGGAGCCGCAAGCGCACGGUACUUAUCACGGGAACGGAACCAAGGUCGACGUCGAGAAGAAUCAUCAAGGUAACGAGCAACAAUCGGAGAGUACGGAGGAGUGCGACGAAAACUUCGGGGAGAUCAUCAAGAAGUCGAUGGUCGAGACUGUAUCCGCUUAAGGUCGAACUGUCUGUAGAUAUGUCGAAGACCGUGUACGCGACUCCGUCAAAACAGUUUUUUCACCCGUAGUGAAACAUAGUGUAAUGUCAGCGGGUUUAAAAGCUUCGUUGAAAAACCUCGCGGUGAAUGUAACGGGGAAAGAGGACUGUCUCGAGACAAAGACACGAAGAAAAAGGAGGUGCCGCGGUACUUUGACUGCGUCCUUCCUUGCGUUAGAUAAAUCCGAGUAAAUUGUUCGCGUGGUUUUCGAAAAGAACUUCGAAAGGAAAGUCUCCUCGAGAAUCACGGUUAACCACGACGCGACUCUCGUGGAUGUCGUUAAGAGAAUUGUAACGACACGUGCGUCCGCCCGGGAUGAAAGUUUCCGGACAUCGUCCUCCGCGUUGGCGAAGACGAUGUUCUCGAAACGACGCGAAGAGAAUCCUGGGCCGCCGAUUCGGUGGAGGAUUUUCAGGGGCAGGUCUUCGUCGAAAAUCUUCAUGAACUUGCCAGCGACUAGGAUUCGGUAACGGCCAGUUACGGAACAAAUUCAACGAGGUUGUGACCAAAAAAACCAACAACAUGGGAUCAGCUUAGAUUGCAGUUUAUAAUAUUUAACUUUAAUACUUUAAUCUAAGAUCGCGGUUCUCGCGUCUCUCUUUAUAAAAAACAAUGUUUCGGAUCCGUGCGACAGCGGCGAUGGCGGAAACACGUAUUUCGUUGCAACAGCGAGACCGGAAGCGUUCGUUUCGCUGUUGCAAAAAGGAAGGAUGGCAUAUUCAACACGCAAAACACGCAUUUGUACACGGAACGUGAGCGAUUGUGAUACCUGAAGUGGUUUGUCAGGAUCAUCGUGUAGGUUAAGGAAUAAAUUAUGGGACUUUUUUAUGCCAGUUAGUAGGGGAUCAAGUUCGAACGGUUUUCGUUUUUUAACGGUCAAUGGUAAGCGAGGAAAGGGAACAGACCUUUCCCGCGUUGUACGAACACUCGUGUUUUUCAAUGUUUGAGAGAAAUAUUGAUUGAUAUACCAAGCGCACGCUGUCUACAGAACACACGAAGUUCAGUCCUUGUAUAUUUUUCUUUUCGUUCUUCAUUCACGUGGCACCUUGAAAUUGCAAUCCUUUUUAAUACCAUGCAUAUAAAUUUCUCGAGAACUCCUGUGCCCGAACGAUCAACGGCUCAACUUUGUUCUUCGAUCGCAAUUUCAAGGUAAACCUUAACGUCAGCGAAUGAAAAGAAAAAACCCGCGCGAAUGUUUAUUUUCGAUUUUGAAUUGCCGAACGAUAAAUGAAGUCUGAUAAAAAAAAGCAGAAGUUUGCCUUGUUCGGUGAUUCCUUCGCACAUCCAUCGUUAUUCACCUUGUAGAUUUUCAGACACAGACCUCUUUAGCAUCCCGGGACGUUGAUCGCUAAUACCCACGAUUAAUUGAAAUAUUACAUUUAAGGAUACAAUGAUAACGACGAUAGUAUUAAAUUUAUACAUACUUACUGGACGUGUCAACUCUUGACCGCAUUCUGACGUUCUUCUAUAUCCGUGUUUUUUACACUGUGUUCAUCGUCGCUGAAUUGGUGCCUGAAUCGUUACGUUUGUUAUCGAUGUACAAUGAUAACGAAAAUCUCAUUUUCUCCCGGAUAAUAGAAGAAACGAAAGAGGUCACGGAUUUAAAACGUCGACAAGUUGCGAAGGAUGUGACACCUCCGUCUAACAUAAAUACAUAUAUAAACUACACGUAUGUAAGUAACUUUUAGAGUAUUUGAGUAAAAAAAAAGGCAUACAUA